AUGGCGUCGUCAUCGAACCCCUUCCGCAAGAGUGCGACACAGCACACGGAGAGCCGUUUCCCUCCAAUCGACUCUAUAGAUGCCGCCCAGCUGUUCCCGCCCCCGAAAACGAGCUUCCGCGACGAAAACACCCCUCCGGCCGCGCAGUCUCCGGCCGUUGACGCAAACAAGGCCAAGGUCGUCAAGAAGGUCCGCGUCCUGUCACCGCCUCCCCGGUCGCCCGACUCACCAGAGUGGACGGCGAGCUACUUUGGCUCUGCCGCCCACGCGUAUGCACAAGAACAAGAUCCCUUCAACAAUGUCGACAACGAUUGGGACAAUGCAACCGCUACCCCACCUCCUCAGCCGGCCCUUCCGCAGGGGCGGCACCCGUUGACGGCGGCAGAGAUGCAGAGGCCGGUUCAGACGGUGGCCAAUCCGUUCAGCAAGAAGAAGACCCAGGACGCUGGGAAUCAGGAUGAGCUAAAGGAGGCUGCAAGAGACGAGGGCGAGGUGUUGAAGGCGGCGCAGUCUGCGAGGCGGUCCCUGAACGUGGAUUCGUUCAAGCGGCUGCUGAUGACGGGGGCCACGAGCCCGCCCAGCUCUCCGCUCCCAAAGGACUCUUUCGAUCAUAACCAGGCGGACCAGCCUAAGCUUACGCCGGACAUCUCAAAUACUGCUUCUACAAACAAGGAGAAAAAGGCUCCUCCGCCUCCUCCUAGCUCACGUCACGGCAAGGUGAUUAAACCAGGGCAGAGCGUCACUGGCAUCGAGAGCCCUGUCACCAGCCCUAAAGAAAAACCGGCCGAGCCAGUCGUAUCCAAGCCCGAGUCACCACCCCGACCGGUGUUGUCUCGAGAGAGCUCGUCUAGCAGUUCUUCCUCAGAAGAGGAGGAGCCUGUUGAGAUCGACACCCACCCUCCCGCACUCACGGCCAGCCCAGAUCAAAUUGAUACUUCGGUAUCACCCCCCAACAAUGCCAAGAAGCCUCUACCAACCCCGCCACCGAGAAGGCAGCCUCGGAUUGAGGUGAAAACAGGUGCCCCGGAGUCGAAAGAGAAUGAACCACCUCCACGGACAUCCAUGGAAUCGAUGCCAUCAAGAACAAACAGCGUUCGCCACAGCGCUCAUGCGCCGGCGCCUCCACCGCCUCGAAGGACUACAUCGGGCUCGAGGCAACCAGGCACUCCGCAAUCAUCCACCUUCAUUCACCCUCCCGACUUGGACACCCCAAGGACUUCGAUGGACUCGGCCAGACCCAUGGCCCCCCCUCCGCCUCCCACGCGCAAUCCCUCCACCCGCCGACCUCAAAGCUUAUACGGCCUGGAGUCUUCUUCUCAACGACGAGGUUUAGCUGAGAUCAAGCCGCGAGACGGGGUGGCGCCCCCUCCGCCGCCGUCAAGGAUACGGGGCAGCAGCCAGAGCAGCGCGGACGGGCCAUCCGGACGUGCGAGCUUGGACUCGGCCAGGAAACCGAGGACGUCUGCAGACGAGUUUGGCGAUCUCGAUGCACAGCACAGUAGCCAAAGCGUGGAUAUUCUCGCCGACCUCGAAUCGCUGCAGAGGGAAGUUGAUGCCUUGCGAGGGAGGAUGAAUUGA